AUGUCGGUCUCCUAUGAUGCUGGAAAUGCCAUUAGUGAUGCGACAUGGAUAGCAGUGCUCCUGGUUCGUCUACAUUUCUCUAUCUUGGAUGCGUCGCGUGGACUGACAUUACUCCAGAGUGAACGCGAUGUAGCUGGCCAAAUUCCGAUCAAUUUCGUGUCCAACCCUGCCGUGUCGCUCUCAUCAGCUUGUUUUGGCAAUGGCCUAUACGCUCGAAAGGAUGCCGCCAAGUGUAUCUCCAAUCUUCUCGCAGUCGGGUAUAGACGGCUAGUUGUAGACCUAUAUUGGUCUGUGGAACAACGAACAUGGACCUUUUGCCCGGUAGAAAUUCCUGCCAAAGUCGAUGUGACAGUAUCAACAUACACCUCCACAACAACUGAAGCCUCGACCACUUCGACUAUUACAACUGAAACUGCUACGACGACUUCGGAUGCAAGCACCCCCACCAUCACUGGCUACACUGAUUCCAAUGGGGAUACAGUCUAUGAGUUGGGACCCUACAGAUGCACCAAUGAUCUCGAUCUGUAUACUCUUUCAGAAGUACUUGUCGGGUAUUUUGAAGCCACGAGAUCUGAACUUCUUGUGUAUACAACUUAUCUGGUCAUCAAUCUUCACGUAGCCGGUAGCGAUGCUGAACCGACCAAACCGGCUAAAGUGGUCACGAGCAAGGACCUCCCAUCUUCGGAGACAGAACGAGCUGGCUCGUUCCUCCGUUUGGCUCUGCGAGAAUAUCUCUACACCCCUACUCAGCUUGCCAAGGACCGAAGCAACUUGAACGAGUCUUGGUAUCAGGUUGAUGAGACCUACAUGCCGAUUGUUGAAUACUAUACAAUUCACGAAGACGAAGCGGGUACACAAAGUACACCCGAUGGAUGGCCAUCCUCAAAGUACAUCCAACUUGCGAAAGCCGAUCGAAUCAUCAUCGAAUAUGGAUCUAUCGACCCGCCGCUUGUGGCUUACGAUGAGGAUGGGAUCUUCCCGCCUGGCUAUUUGACUUCUGAUGUGAACGUCACUACCAUGACGAACGGAACCCUGGCGUCGGGCUGUUUGUACAGGGCGGGUGCCACUGACGUCUCCCAAGCCAAUUCGUCCUGGGCUCUCUCCGACCAGAUUCCGGUUCCACAUGGGUUAUCUACAGAGGAGACUCUGGGAUCAAUAACCAAUGAGAUAUCUGGCAUCACAGGGUGCGGAAUGUCCCCAAUGCUCAAUACAACUCUCUUCGAUCAAACUGCCGAUACGAACGUCGAGCCUUAUCGGAACGUCUCCUUGUCGAGAGGAUGGGCAUGGGCAAUUGGUGAACCACAGGGAGCAAGUACUGGAGGCGGCACGGGAGACAUGCCCAGUUUUGACCGCUGUGCUGUCAUGGACCUCUCGUUGCAGGGUCUCUGGCGUGCCACCAACUGUUCCGAAACGCGGCGAGGCGCCUGUCGUAUCGGCAAUUCACCUUUCUCGUGGACCAUUUCCAAUGCCAGAGCAGAGUACUCAAAUGUCUCGGACACAUGUCCUCCAGGAUCCAAUUUUGCCGUGCCACGGACUGGCUUGGAGAAUACCUAUCUCUACAAGUAUCUCCUAGCCCAGCCACAGACCGUGAUCAACCCUGCAUCGACCGACGCUACCCUGCGAGAGGUCUUUGUUGACUUGAAUUCCAUCGAUGUCACAUCUUGCUGGGUAUCAGGCGGGCCCGAGGCUCCAUGUCCCUACGAGUCUGAUCCACAGCAGCUAGAGCACAAAACUGUACUUGUGGCUGCCAUAGCUAGUAUUGUUAUCUGUAUUAUUACUGCUUUGACUCUGUUUGUCAAGUGUAACGCCAACAGGCGUAACUCUCGUCGGCGAAAGCGUGUCAUUGAGGGCUGGGAAUAUGAAGACCGUCGUGUCGUCACUCACCGUAUCAUCUACUCUCACCUUAUCCUCAAAUCCGACAACAUACCACAUAAGCACAAGAAGCCCCGUCUCGACAACGCUGGCGCGACCGACACCUCCAAGCCCGAUAGGCCGGACGACAACGCCACGCCCACAAUCACAUCACCACAGGGCCCAGCGACCAUCACCGAGAAUACUCCCAAGAAGCCAGACGAGAUCGAUGACAAAGUCGCCGAACUCACCGCCCAGAUUGUGUACCGGAUGGCCCUCGCAAAGGCUAGCAUGCAGAUCCAACACCGGCCGGACGAACUCGAGGAACAAUUCAUGGGAAAGUCCAGCUGGAGCUCCAAGACAUCUUCCACACGAUCCACCAAGCCGAAUCCACCUUCACCCACGGCGUGA